AAUGGAAGCCCGCCGUGGCUCAGACUAAUAACAUUCGUUGCAUUUGCUACCGGUGGCGACGCCAUCUCUCCACCGCAUUGCUUUGUUCCUUAUUGGGUUUUUGGGUCUUGGAUGCAACUCUGCCUUUGACCCAACUUCCUCCAUAAACCUCCCACUAAACCUCACUGUGUUUCUACUGAUUCCUCUUCGUCUCUUCCAUACGAAUAAAUAUGGAAAAUCUGGUAUCCUUGAUCUCUCCGUUAAUGCCGUAUCUGGUCAGCUUAUUGGUUUUCCUCUUGUUUUUGGAACAGAUCUCUUACUUCAGGAAGAAACGGAAUGCUCCUGGUCCAAACCUUGUCAUUCCCUUCUUAGGCAACGUCUCCUCACUGGUCCGGCAUCCCACCACGUUCUGGGACGUUCAAUCCAAGCUCGCCGCCCGUUGUGGGUUCUCCGCCAACUACAUAAUUGGAAGGUUCAUCGUUUUCAUUCGCGACACUGAGCUGUCUCAUCUCAUCUUCGCCAACGUCCGCCCCGACGCCUUCGCGUUGGUGGGUCAUCCUUUUGGGAAGAAACUAUUCGGGGAGCAUAAUUUGAUCUAUAUGUUCGGCCAGGAUCACAAGGAUCUCCGCCGUCAAAUCGCUCCGAAUUUCACUCCGAAAGCGCUAGCUGCCUAUACCGCGUUGCAGCAGCUCAUCAUUCUCAAGCACUUAAUGCAUUGGGAGCGUCUCUCAUCGGAGUCGGCUUCGGAACCCAUUAGUCUCCGGCUUCUAAUCCGCGAAAUGAAUCUGGAAACUUCUCAAACUGUGUUCGUCGGCAGGUAUCUAUCUCGGGAAGCAAGAGACAGAUUCAGGGUGGAUUACAAUUUCUUCAACAAUGGAUUGAUGAAGCUCCCUAUUGAUCUCCCCGGCUUCGCAUUUCGAAACGCCAGGCUCGCCGUUGAACGCCUGGUUACUACCCUAACUGCUUGCGCAACCCAGAGCAGAUCGAGAAUGGCGGAGGGAGACGAGCCGUCGUGCCUAAUUGAUUUCUGGAUGCAGGAGCUUGUCAAAGAAAUCGCCCAGUCUCAAACGCCGCCGCGGCACUCCAGCGACACAGAAAUAGGCAGCUACCUCUUCGAUUUCCUCUUCGCCGCCCAGGAUGCCUCCACGUCGUCGCUCCUCUGGGCAGUCACCCUCCUCGAUUCGCAUCCCGAGGUUCUUCAGAAAGUUCGAGGUGAAGUUUCGAGAAUAUGGUCACCGGAGUCUAAUCAACUAAUCAGCGCGGACCAACUGAGGGAAAUGAAGUACACACAGGCGGUGGCGCGUGAGGUGGUGAGGUACCGAGCUCCGGCGACUCUCGUCCCGCACAUUGCGACGGUGGAUUUCCCGCUGACGGAUUCCUACACGAUUCCCAAGGGGACGAUUGUGUUUCCCUGUGUUUAUGAUUCAUCGUUUCAAGGGUUCACCGAACCGGACCGGUUCGACCCGGAACGGUUCUCGGAGGAGAGGCAGGAGGAGGUGGUUUACAAACGGAACUUCCUGGCGUUUGGCGCCGGAGCCCACCAGUGCGUGGGCCAGAGGUACGCCCUCAAUCAUCUGGUGCUUUUCACCGCGAUGUUCGUCACGUUGCUCGAUUUCGAAAGGCAUCGAACAAACGGUUGUGAUGAGAUCACCUAUACCCCAACAAUCAGUCCUAAAGACGGUUGCAAAGUUUACCUCUCUAGGCGGUGCGCACGCUACCCUAACCUCGCUCUCAAUUGACGAAAAUGCCCUUCUAAAUUUCUUCAGGUAGGGUGGGCCCGUGGCCCGUGGCCCGUGGCCCGUGGCCCGUGGCCCGUGGCCCGUGGCCCGUGGCCCAGUAGGGAGUUGUGGUAAUGUUCUCUUCCACGUGCCUAACGUGGUUGAUGUCAAACAAUGCGUUGUUCAAUUUUUUUUUUUUUUAAACAUUUGUAAUCCAUUCAUAAUUUUUUUCCGUGUGGGUUAGGGCCCCUGGGUGUGUAUAGGCCGUGAGGCUGUUUGGUUAAUUUA